AUGUCUUACGGUGGUGGAUCUUACGGCGGCGGUGGUGGAUACGGCGGAGGUGGUGGUGGUGGAUACGGCGGAGGUGGCGGUGGUUACGGCGGCGGCGGUGGCUCAUACGGUGGUGGUGGUGGCGGUGACAGAAUGUCCAACCUCGGUGGUGGUCUCCACAACAUCGACUGGAACAGUCAAACUCUCACCAAAUUCGAGAAGAACUUCUACGUUCAAGAUCCUCGGGUUACUGCCAAGACAGACGCUGAAAUCACAGCAUUCCGAGCUGAGAAAACAAUGAAGAUUCAAGGUCAAAACGUUCCUCGACCUAUUACCACUUUCGAGGAAGCUGGUUUCCCUGAUUACAUUCUCUCCGAGAUCCGAACCAUGGGUUUCACUGCCCCUUCAUCUAUUCAAUGUCAAGCUUGGCCCAUGGCUCUUUCCGGUCGAGAUCUCGUCGCUGUUGCCGAGACUGGUUCCGGUAAAACAAUCUCUUUUGCCCUUCCCGCCAUGGUUCACAUCAACGCCCAACCUCUCCUUGCUCCCGGUGAUGGUCCAGUCGUCCUCAUCCUCGCUCCUACUCGAGAACUUGCCGUUCAAAUUCAAGCCGAGUGUACCAGAUUCGGCAAAUCUUCUCGAAUCAGAAACACCGCCAUCUACGGUGGAGCACCCAAAGGUCCUCAAAUCCGAGAUCUCCAAAGAGGUGUCGAGAUUUGUGUCGCUACUCCUGGUCGAUUGAUCGAUAUGCUCGAAAGUGGAAAGACUAACCUCAAACGAGUCACCUACCUCGUCAUGGAUGAAGCCGAUCGAAUGCUUGAUAUGGGUUUCGAACCUCAAAUCAGAAAAAUUGUCAGUCAAAUCCGACCUGACCGACAAACUCUCCUCUUCUCUGCUACUUGGCCCAAAGAAGUUCAACGUCUUGCAAUGGAUUUCCUCCACGAUUUCAUUCAAGUCAACAUUGGUUCAAUGGACCUUACUGCCAAUCACAACGUAGAACAACACGUUGAGAUUUGUACCGAUUACGAUAAGAGACAAAAGCUUCUCGGUCAUCUUGAAGCAAUCUCCAAGGAGAACGGCAAAGCAAUCAUUUUCGUUGGAACAAAACGAGUUGCCGAUGAUCUUACUAAAUUCCUCCGAAUGGAUGGCUGGCCCGCCUUGGCCAUCCACGGUGACAAACAACAAGCCGAGCGAGAUUGGGUACUUGCGGAAUUCAAAGCCGGCCGAAGCCCUAUCAUGCUUGCUACUGACGUUGCUUCCCGUGGUCUCGAUGUCAAGGACAUUGGGUAUGUCAUCAACUAUGAUUUCCCUAAUAACUGUGAAGACUAUAUUCAUCGAAUCGGUCGUACCGGUCGUGCCGGUCGAAAGGGUGUUUCGUACACUUACUUCACUCCCGAUAACUCUAAGCAAGCUCGUGAACUCGUUACCAUUCUGAGAGAGUCUAAGAGUGAAGUAUCUCCUGAGCUCGAGCAAAUGGCCAUGUACGGUGGCGGCGGUGGUGGACGAGGCCGAGGGGGUGGUGGACGAGGAGGAGGAAGAGGUGGAUCACGAUUUGGUGGUGGAGGUGGUGGAGGGGGCUAUGGCUCCGGUUCCAACUCUUACGGGGGUGGCGGCGGUGGUGGUGGCGGUGGCUACUCUUCUCGAUGGUAG